GUGUGAGAUGGAUGAGAAGAAGGGCCUGGAUCUCGGCAGCACCUACAGAAAUGAAAAGAGCUGUAAGGAGUUUUUGGUUGCUAUAGCCGAAAUCACCCGUCUAGCAAUUGAAGACAAGGUAAAGAGUGCUAAGUUUAUCACAAUAAUGUCCGACGGAUCAACAGAUGUCUCUGCCACUGAACAAGAGAUUGUUUACUUGCACUUUGCAGUGGAUGGCAAGACUCACUGCAAUUUCCUUGGACUUGUACAGUGUGACAAACCAGAUGCCAAUGGCAUCUAUGAUGCUAUAAUGCAAGCUGUAAAGCUCCCGGGGAUCCCAAAGGAAGAAAUGAUGAAGAAGAUUGUGGGAUUUGCUGGCGAUGGGGCGGCUGUCAACACCGGGAAAAAGGCUGGGGUGAUCGCUCUCAUGCGGGAAAGAAUCAGUGGAGACAUACUGAUGGUGCAGUGCAUGGCCCAUAGGGUGGAAUUGGCCUUCAAAGAAGCCAUGAAACAAGCCUCUUUGUUCAUCAAAGUCUAUGUCCUCCUGGAUGCUCUGUACAAGCUUUACAGGAUCCCUAAACAGGCCGCUGGUUUGAAGGCAGCUUUCAGUACCACCAACAUCUCCAAGAUCUGGCCUGUCCGAGUUGGAGGAACGCGCUGGGUUAGCCAUACCCACACAGCACUGCAAAACAUGUUGCGUGGUUACCGUGCAAUUGUUCUUCAUCUCAGUCAAGUUGCCACCACCAGGACAGCUAGUGGUAUGCAAGCAAAGGCAAAAGGUCUCCUGAAAACGCUGCGCUCCAAAGAUGCCAUGACUUUUGCCCACUUCCUAAGUGACAUUCUGGCCGUUCUCUCCAAACUGUCGAAGACGCUGCAGCAGAGAGAAGUUUGUACCUAUCAUGUACAUGAAGCACUGAAGGCCACAAUGACCAGCAUCAACAAAUUCAAGGACCGGGCAGGACCUGAGCAGCGGAAACUCCAGCAGGGAGACUGUAACUCCUUUGAAGGUCAGACCCUAACAGGGGUAGACCACUCUUCAGGCCAGAUUGAGAAGGUCGUUGAGGCAUGGGAGGUGAAGUCCUCAAAGCUACAAAAAUAG